UCGGGGUAAUUUAAACUUGAAAUAACGAAACCUUUAUUAUCGACCGCGUAUAAAUGAUUUAGUUUUGUUUUUCUCUCUUUAACCUCAAAAACAAAACGCAAUAUCAGAGUACGAAAAUUAGAAUUGCCAUCGAACUUAUAUUAAUCUUUUUGUAUUUCGCCAAUUACUACGAAAAUUUGAAGUCGCGCAAUUUUAGUUGAUUUUAGUGUAUAGCGAGAGGAAGUGCGACCAUUUUUCGUCUGCGAUAUUUAAAUAUCUGGAAAAUGUUGGAGAUAACGUGUAACGACCGUCUCGGUAAAAAGGUUAGAGUCAAGUGCAACCCGGACGACACCAUAGGGGAUCUGAAAAAAUUGAUAGCUGCCCAAACGGGGACGCAUUGGGAAAAAAUUGUAUUGAAGAAGUGGUACACCAUUUUCAAAGAUCACAUAAAGCUACAAGAUUAUGAAAUACACGACGGCAUGAAUUUAGAACUUUAUUAUCAAUAAUUCUAAUAAAUGUAAAAUAUAUAUCAUAUAUGUAUAAAAAAAGACAAUUUUAAAUAUUAAUUAUAAUAUUGUAAUCAUUAAAUUUUAUAUACUUUUUUAUGCCUUAGAUAUAUAAUGUGUGUGUGUGUGUGUGUGUGUGUAUAUAUAUGUAUAUAUAUAUAUAUA